UAUGCUAUGAAGAUACGUGGAUUUUAUUGUCAAGCAAGGCCUAUUUUCAACUGCUGUAAGCAGAAUAGUACUACAACCAAUAUUUCAGAACAAAGUAAGAAUUGUUUGUUACUGAUUAUUUGUCAACUUUUGAUCCGAUUUUCAAUCAUUUCUAUUACUUAUUAUAAAUUGUAUCAUUUCAGUAGAAAAACGCAUGUAGUUGAUGUGGUAGUUGGUGGCGGUGGAAUUGUUGGCACUUCAGUUGCGUAUUAUCUAGCGAAACGUGGCAAGAUUGUUGCAUUAAUUGAACGGAAUGGUAUUGGAUUAUGUGGUGCGACAAGUUUAAGUGCUGGUUUAGUAACAGCUCCAUUGCAUUGGCAAGAUCCAGCAAAACAAUAUAUGGCAAAAUGCUCAUUGGAUUUGUAUGCUAAUCUGUCGGAAACAUCCACUUUUAGAUAUAAUCGUUGUGGUCGACUUUAUCUAACGAAUACUCAAGAAGGUGAAGUUAGCUUACGACGAAUGUUUUCACGCUCAGCAAUAUAUAAUGAAGAAGCCCAAUUAUAUGAUUCUGAGGAAAAAAUGCGUCGCUGCUUUCCGAAGUCAGUUAACACAGCAGGGAUAACGUUAGCCUUGUUUUCACCAAAUGAUGUUUCAUUAGAUCCAGUUGGUCUUUGCCAAGCAUUAGGAAAACGUGGUAGAGAUCAAGGAGUGCAAGUAUUUGAACAGUGUCAUGUUGAUGAAGUAAUAGUUGACAAAGACCAGAAAGUCACUGGAGUACGCACAAACAAAGGUUUUUUUGAAACAGAAUGCUACGUUGAUGCAACUGGAAUUGCACGUUUUUGUAGAAUUCAUUACUUUCUCAAUAUUUUUGUAAUGUGUAGGUGGUGUGCUACUUCUCAAAUAAGUAAGCCAACCCGCCAAGUUGUAAUUGCUGCGCACCCUGCUACUUACACAUAUUUAUCAACAAAAAGAUUACCCGAUAAAGACAUCAAAAACGACACUCCAAUUUUAACUCAUGUGGAUGAAAAAACGUAUCUCUGCAUGAGUGAAUCACGGACUUUAUGUGCAGGUUUCAACCAGGAUCAAGUUCGCCCUUUGACUCGUCCACGAAAAUUGGGUCAGUGGACCGUACCAUCACCAGAUUGGGAUAAAUUUUAUCCAACACUCGAUCACUUAAUGAAACGUUGCAACGUCCUUGGUGAAGUGGAAUACGGCGAAUUAGUGUGCAGUGCGGAAUCAUAUACAGUUGAUAAAAAUCCUGUACUCGGGGAAACCUCUCAAGUUCAGGGAUAUUAUGUUGCGACGGGUUUUAGUGGGCAGGGAUUAGCUCUCGCUGGAGGUGCUGGAGAUCUAAUUGCUGGUUUGAUUUGCGGAGAGACAUUACCAGUUGAUAUGAUGCGUUUGGAUGUUACACGAUUUAUUGACUUGCAUGCUAGUUCACAAUACCUAAUUGAACGAGUUCCCGAAGUGGCAAGUCACCUGUUUACAAAUACUUACGAAUAUCACCAGUAUCAGACAGCUCGGAAUUUGCGCACAUCCCCUAUUUAUCAUCAGUUGAAAAAAGCUGGCGCUAUUUUUGGAGAGGUUAUGGGAUAUGAAAGGCCUCUGUGGUUUGCAGGAAAAAAUGCCGAAGAUUUAUCAUUAAGUUUCUAUAGUGGGCAGUUUUCAUUAAUUGGUAGACCGGAAUGGUUUGGAAAUGUUGCUCGCGAAUAUGAUGCGUGUAGGGAACGUGUUGCAGUAAUAGAUCUGUCUAGUUUUUCAAAAUUUAAUAUUGAAGGACCUGAUACACUGAAGUUUUUGCAACAUCUCUGUUCUUCAAAUGUUGAUGUGCCAGUGGGCUCUGUAGUUUAUACAGGUAUGCAGAACGAACAGGGUGGUUUUGUUUCCGAUUGUGCGGUAUGUAGAUUGGAUGAGGAUCAGUUUUUUGCUGUUGCUCCUACUGUCCAACAACUGCAAUUUCAGUUAUGGCUAAAAAAGUGGUUGAGAAAGUUGAAACUCAAAGUUUACAUUCGGGAUGUUACUGGACAUUAUACUGUGUUGGAUGUUGUGGGACCGAGUUCACGUGCUUUGAUGGAGAAGCUUACAGGAGAGCAAAUGUCUACUUAUAACUUCCCCUCGUUUUCUAUUAGGGAAAUUGCGAUUGGAAUGGCGACGGGGAUACGAGUGCUAAGUUCUACUCAUACUGGCGAACUUGACUGGAUAAUGUAUGUACCGAAUGAGGUUGUGCAGAAUGUUUAUGAACGCUUAAUGGAGCGCGGUAAAGAAUAUGGUGUAAUGCAUGCAGGAUAUUAUGCUGUAAGGCAGUUGCGUAUAGAAAAAUUUUUUGUGUUUUGGGGCCAAGAUAUAUCUGCAAAUGUAACACCUCUCGAGUGCGGACGUGCUUAUCGUGUCGAUUUCAAUAAGGACUUUAUUGGUAAAAAUGCAUUGUUGAAACAGAAAAAAAGUGGCAUUCAUAAACGAUAUGUGCAACUGCUUGUAGAUAACCACGAUUUAGAUCACGAUCCAUGGCCGCAAGGUGGUGAAUUAAUUUACAGAUAUGGAAUACCAGUAGGGCGUACAACUUCUGCAGCUUACGGAUAUACCCUUGGUUGUCAGGUAUGUAUAGGCUACAUCGAGAAUAAAGAAAGAAAUCUAACAGUUGAUUACAUCAAGAAUGGAAACUACCAGUUGAAUAUAGCUGGGAAAUUUUUUCCCAUACGAAUAAAUUUAUUCUCACCAAAUCUACCCAUGACAUCUUCAGAACACCCCGUUCAUUAUCUACCGACCCAGGAUGGUGGCUGCUUUUUGUGA